AUGUCUCAAUUCCGAUCGAAAACGCUCGACAUUGGCUGCUUUUCCAAGAUCCGCAACAUUCGUGAUCACACGAAGCGGAAGGUCUACGAAGCCAACGAGCCUGAACGACAAGCGCUCCGAUACAUAAUUCGAAACACGACGUUCCCACAGCGAGUCCGCGCCCAGGCACAGCUCCAGCUUUCCCAGAUGCAUUGCUACACGAGGUUCACGCAGAUCAAAAACAGGUGUAUAAUGGGAGGCAAGGGCAGAGGUGUCUUCAGCGACUUCAGGAUGGGUCGAUACCAAUUCCGAAUAAACGCGCUCGCCGGAAAUAUCCCUGGUGUGAAGAAGGCAAGCUGCACCAACGAAGAAGCGCAAGGGCUGAACACCGUCAGCAUGUUUCGCCGACAGGAGAACACGUUAGACGCCGAUGCGAAGUAUCCCCUUGGAUAUUUCGUUGACGUGAAUGGUUGCAUUCGGAGAAUCGAGGCUCCAGAGCACUUCUUCGACUUCUUCUAUACGAACAACGAACGCCACAACGAAGUCCGUGGAGAGGCGAUGCGUGUUUGCCAGCGUCGAGAGGUCAUGAGUCGCCUAGCAGCUCUGGGUCUCAAAGAGCUAUACCUGCCUACGCGAUCCAACAGCAAGCCUAUAGGACCCCAUGUCCCCAUCCUCGCACCCCCUGCCGAAGUGUUGAAGACGCGGAAGCGUGUAAUCGUCAUCAUCAACGACGACACCUACCAGGAUCUCGGGAUUCUGGCGUACCGUGAGCUACAGCGCGAGGGUGGUCUGAAUGGUGGUUCGGUGGUCAGCUUCGUCAAAGGCCUAGUCAAUCGUACACAGGCGGACGCGUCCCCCGACCACCACGAGAAGUUGGCUAGAGAUGGUGCACGAAUUGAGAAGGAUGAGCAUAUCCCGGGAUUGAUCGUUCUCAACACUGGCCAGCUUCUCUACUCACACAAGUUCAACAAGGCGCUUUCGAUGCGCAGCUGGACUGCCUUACCGCGAAAGUCGAUCACGCACGAUCCAGUGAAGAUCCACGAAGUUGAGAAUCGCGUUGAGGGCCACAGAACACCGUCGGAGCACAUCAAGACGGUCUUCAACACGGUGAUCAAGAACCGGAACUUUGUCUCGCCUGAAGCAGAGGUGUACGUGGUGGCAAUUGAAAAUGGUGUAGAGAAGCUCAUUGAAGUCCUAGACCAGAACUUCUACAGUUACGCCGAUCGAAUCACGGCGAUGGCUUUUAUGCAGUCGACUGUCGGCGGCCACCAAAUCCGCAAUCCAGAUGUAAAAGCCUUCCUCCACACUCGCGCUAGGCACUGGGAGACUUUCAAAAUCGGAAGCGCCGACCCAACCCAGUGCAAAGCUGUUCCCGCGGAUUACAUCUCCAAGCAGCCUUCCACCCCUAUACCCAAAUCACCUGUCAAUUGGCUGGAGACUGUCGAUGGAGGAGCUGGUCUCCGCGCUGAUACCCCGCUCGCGAGCAUCCCAGAGGUAAAGUUAGCUAUAGCGGCUACGAAAGAAUCGACGUCGGAAGACGGCUUCCAAGAUGCCACCCCGAUCUGUCCAGUCUUCGGUGGCGGAGAAACCUGGGUAGGCGAAUGCGUCUUCACGCAAUCUAUCGUGCAGCAGGCCGUUCUAGAGUUCUUCGAAGACGUAGCGCUGGAUCCAAAGGGUUUCUGCAACCCCGAUUUCAAAUUCGACAAUCCUGAGCCUUCUUCUGACGGACCACUCGCUCUCUCUGCUGCCUCUCAGUAUGAUGCAAUUCCAGAAGACAUGCUAAAUCCCGAAAAGAAAGCAGUCCUUGCAGCACAAGAGGAGCUCAGCCAGCUGGAGGCGGCUUUCAACGCUGUCCCGCAGGACAAUCCCGAUCUAGCACCCGGUCUUCUCCGCCUCCGCAAUCGUAUCAAGAAAAAGGACGCUGAGCUCAGGGAUCUGGAAGAGAAAGCGCUAGCUACUGGAGCGCUAGGUGCCGGUGCUGCGCAGCAUGUACGGGACGGCUGGAAGCACCAGACGAACGGUGAGGAGUGGACGGAGAAGAAGCCCGGUACGCCGAUAUCGUUUGCGGGAGUGCAGGCGGACAGCAAUGUCGUUGCGAGUGCAGGUUGCUUGGACACGGUGGAGGAGGAGCUCGCGAAGCUGGAGCUCGAGGAGGAUUGA